AAAGAAGUCGCUGAAUACUGAAAUCGUUUAAAGAAAAGUUCCCCAAAUGGAGGCAAUAGUCGUUUUAUGUUUAAUUGCGAUUGUCUCAGCUACCUUCGACAACUACAAUGACAAUAAUCGAAAAGACGAGUUAGAGCGUAGCGACGGCUCGUCUUUAAACAAUAAUUGGCAUAUUAACGGUGUUCUUGGCGCUCAGAACUUCGCCAAUCGACAUUACGGCUUUAAUCGCCAAUAUCCACAACUACAGCAACCAUCCACUGUUAUCACCAAACAAUUUUUCGUCCAUGCGGCUCCCGAGGACGCGGACGAAGGGUAUCAGGAGAAGCACGUUACGUUAGGUCCUGCAAGGAAACAUUAUAAUAUUGUGUUUAUUAAGUCUCCGUCAGUAUCGAAUCGUAAGACUGCCCUUAAGAUUAGUCCCGCUUCUCAUGAAGAGAAGACCAUUAUUUAUGUUUUAAACAAGAAAGCGGAAGCGGCCGAAAUACAUGCGGAAAUUUUAGAAAAACCCACGACUACGACGAAACCACAGGUUGUUUUCAUUAAAUACAAAACCGAUGAGGAAGCUGCCAAUGCCCAAGAGUAUAUUAAAACUAAAUUCGAAGCUUUAGGUGACAGCCACGCUCAAGUUGGCGAUGAACGCACGGCUUCGAUAGAUUCUUUGGAUCAUAGCUCCCACAUUAGUGAUGGGAUUGGUGGAGCUUCCACUACGGGAAUAGGCCGGGCGGUAUCCUCGGAUUCGCAUGGCAGUGUACACAAUGAAUAUUUGCCUCCAAUUUUAUCAAUUCGAUAAAUGUCUUUGAUGGGUUUUUAUUGGAUUUGUUCUUAUAUAUAUAAGUCUCCUAACUUUUCUUUAAUUUGAUGUCUAAUUAGCCCAUGCCACUCAAUCAUCAUGUUUCGUGGUGAAUUGUUUCUUAUAUUCUUCAGAAGAAACUCAUUUGAAUGUAAAACGGUGUGCAAAUAUUCAGUGUGAAAAAAUUUGGAAUAACGGUUGGAAUUUUAAUUACACACUUUUUUUUAGUUAUUAUUUUAUCGUCGGAGGCGAAUGUGCUGACGACCACUAAAUUAA